UUCGUUCCCUUCCGCGACUUUCACGAUGCCAACUCCGUGGAGGAAAGCAAGCGUCGAUUGUCCAAAGCGGUUCUAGCCGAGAUUCCCGAUCAGCUGGUGUCUUACAUGCGCAUGCAAGGCAUCAUCCCGUUACGCACUCUGGAACUUGGCUUCAAGACCGACCCUACCAAUGGUCAGCGCACAUCCUCCAGACCUUCGUCUGGAGGCGGCUCGUGGCCAUCAUGUCCCACCUCUAUUGCUGUUCCCAGCGCCCCUCCUGAACGUUGA